UGGAUCUCCUCGCAGUCCAAGGGAGCCUCGGAGCCUUCUCCAGCACCACGGUUCAGAAGCAUCACUUCUCCGGCGCUCGGCCUUCCUUACGGACGUAGGGCUGUGUUUUGCCCCUCAGAGUUGUGUGCGAGGGGUUUGGGUCUUGAAUCUGCUCACAGGCCCUUUGUUGUCACACUGCUGCGUGCCAGCGUGUUUUCACUCUCAAGGCUUCUCCUCUGGCCUCGUGGAGCUGGCUGGGGCUCCUGGGAGCGCUGAACGACGGUGUCGAGGCUCCGGGCUUAGUCCCCAUGCUUUCCAACUUGUAACACUGAGUGAUGUUUACCAAGAGUGGUUUUGGUUCUUUCUUUGGUACAUGCCUCGAAACAGUUCUCUUUACGAUCUUAGUUUGUACGGAAUGUUUUUUAAAUUGUGAAUGGAUAUGAAAUUUUUCCAAACUUUGUUUUGUUUUUUUGGCAUCCAUUGAGAUAAAUAGAACAACUAGUGGUAAAUUUUUCUAAUGUUAAAUCAUCUUGCACUCUUGUGAUAAAGUCACCCUAAUUGUAGAGUCCGGUAACACAGGGCUGGACCCCCUUUGGUCAGUAUUACACAGGAUGUUUGCAUCUUGGUUUCUUGGAAGAAACAGUGAAUUCCAUUCUUGUUUUUCUUCUUUGGCUGUGCCGCAGGACUUGCGGAGUCUGUUCCCGAACCACGGAUUGAACCUGAGCCCCGGCAGUGAAAGUGCUGACCCCCCAGGCAGGGGUUUGGGGUCAGGUUAAGUCACAUGAAACGGUGGGAAGGUGCUUCCUCUUUCUCUUCCCUGAAAGCAGUCUCACCAGGUUGGAACAACUCCUCUCUGGAGGUGCAGUCAGCUUCUCCAGGUGGUGGCGUUUCUCUCACCCCAGCGGUGUGGACGGAGCCACACGCCCUCCGAGCAACAACGGCUCUGGCGUGCAUCUUCCAGUGUUUGUUCUGUUGGAGAGCCCAGCAGAGCCGCAGCUCCUCCCACGCCAGCCCUGAGCUGAGCCAGGAGUGCCCCGCGAUGGUGAAGAUGACCAAGUCCAAAACUUUCCAAGCGUAUCUGCCAAGCUGCCACCGAACCUACAGCUGUGUCCACUGCAGGGCCCACCUGGCCAACCACGAUGAGCUGAUCUCCAAGUCCUUUCAGGGAAGUCAGGGACGAGCCUACCUCUUCAACUCAGUGGUGAACGUGGGCUGCGGCCCCGCGGAGGAGCGCGUCCUGCUCACCGGCCUGCACGCUGUGGCCGACAUCUACUGCGAGAACUGCAAGACCACGCUUGGGUGGAAAUACGAGCACGCCUUUGAAAGCAGUCAGAAGUAUAAAGAAGGAAAGUUUAUCAUCGAGCUCGCUCACAUGAUCAAAGACAAUGGCUGGGAGUGAAGUGGACUUCCCGUCCCCCUGGAGCGUGCCUGAGACCGCCAACGCCGAGGAGCUGGGGAGCGGCCGAGGGCGGGCGACCCCCCCCGCCAGCCCCCUGGGUGAGGCAGCCCCCGCAAGCUGUGUCCUCUUCACGCACAUGGUUGUUUCUGAAAUGUUCCAAUGACCUGUUUCUAAUUUCUCAAGAUCCAGAGAAAGACUUAAUCGACUGAUGACUUGUCCAUCUAGUCCAUACAUCUUGUAACCAGUGCUUUUGAGGUAGUUUGGCUGUGUUCUGUUUUGAUGGAACCAGACUGAGUCCCCAUGGACCCCAAGGUGGCCUCUCUGGAGAGCCAGCCCUGCUCGUGUCUGAAGGAAGGGGACCACUUCUCACUGACUCUGGGACCCGCCGCGUGGUGGUUCUGCGUGCAGGCCGCCCAGGGCAGUGCUCUGCCAGGAACCUCCCUGACGGCCGUGCGUCUCUGCACCCAGGGUGCUUUUUAGCCUUGUUCAAAAAGCAAAGGGCGCCGCUGGAUAACACUUUAGAUGAGCUAGAAAUAGAGAAACGUGUCUGAUAGAACACCCUGUUUGUUUAAGCCAGUAGCUUCCUUAUCUAGAAGGCGAGUGAGCGAGUGGUCAGCAGACACGACCCCGGGCCCAUGCACAGGCCCUGAGUGGCUGGCCCGCAGAGUUCAAGCUGAUCACACUGGGCUGAAGGAAAGUGGACUUCCUUUUCUACUCUGAUAUACUUGCAGAAAAAAUUAUUUUUCCUAUAUUUGAAAAGAGGCCAGAACAGGAUAAACUUCCAAAUUAAGAUCUGCCACUGUUUUCACGUUUUCCACAGAAAGUUCCAGUUGCAAGACAGGUGUAAGCUCUGGUUGCUCGGGGGCCCCAGCCCGCCCUGUUCUGCUCGAGUGCCCAGGUGCUGGGCCUUUGCAGGGCUGGGCUGCAUGUGGCUUCUGGCCAGUCUGCAGAGAGUGGAGGCCAAAGGCCCUCUGGCCAGUGAGCCCGGCCUGAGACGCCCAGGAUCCUGGCCCCACUAUCUCAUGGCCACAAACUGGAGACUGGGGGGCUCUCCCCUGAGCCAGGAGCCCCGGCUGGUGCUCCUGGCUCAGGGGAGCUUCCUGUGGGUGCCCUAUGACCCACAGCCUGGACCAUGGGGAGCCCUAGGCUCCCCCACCCCAGGGUGCUGGGUCAUCCACGAGGGUGCCCAGCAGGCCGCCUCCCGGCAGAGCCCCGGGGCCUGGUGCUUGGAGCCCCUUGAAGGCCCAGUGGGCACCCGCCCUGAGGGCUGAGUCCGAAUCCCUGAGAGCCAGCCUGAACCGGUGGCUGGGCGCUCCUCCAGCAGAUGCUUCUGGACGCCGAGGAGCUGCCUGCAGUUCCCAUGUCCACUGCACUCACAUGUGGAGCGUGUAUUCUGGGCUGUCUGUGGGGGCGUGGCAGCCUUCCUCCCCAUGGCACAGGAUGGCUUCGAAGCUGAUGCUAGCCAAGGCUCUCGGCCACUUUCCUUGUGGGUCUUCUGCAAAACCCGAGCUCCUUUUGAAACCAAACGAACUGACUGUGAGCAACUUCAAGGACCGACGCUCCUGAGGCCACAGCCAGACGUGCGGGUCAAGUGCUGGAACGCUCCCCUUUAAGUUCCUACACGGCUAUCACCCCACGACUUUUAUUUAUUUAUUUUUUCCUUGGGAAGAAUGGGAGGUGACGCCAGGAUUAUAAAUGUUGUCCACUACGUAGUGUUCUCUGCACAUUUCCUUUAGAAAUGGGGUUUAGCUCUGGCUGUUUUAUAAGUGUGUGUGUGUAUAUAUAUAUAUAUAUAUAUAGUAUUUUCAUACCUUAACACUUACUCUUGAUGGCAUCUGUCAGCUAUUAGGAGGGAUCAGAAAUGGGAAUUGUUUCAAAAGUCCUUUACUUUACCUGAUGCCCUCACCAGGGACUUACAAUCCAGAGAAGUACAAUUUCAGCUCCAAAAUGACUUAAGAGACGUAAACCAUCCCUCACCAGAGGCCCUGGGCAGGCCCAUCCCGUCUGUGGAGCUGUGAGUCUGCAGCCCGGGGUGGCUGGCCUUCCGUCAGGGCAGGUGGGCCCGGCUGCUGGAGAGAUGGACAGGCGGCCAGGCCAGCCCAAAGGCACGCUCCUCAAGCAGGACUGCCUGUGUCUGGCCCUCCAUGCUCUGUCUGCAUGAGCUUCCAAAAUAAAGCUUCCAACGUUUGCU